CAGCGCUCACUAUAAGAACCUCCUUGUGAGCGACGCCAUUUUAAGCCUCUCGCUCGGUUCAGCGGUAGGAGUAGCAGCGGCGCUCGGGGCAAGGGGGACUAUCAUCGCCGCCCCGUACGGUCGCCACCCGGGAGGCGGUGGCGAGGGUACUGCUGUCAGUGAAGAGCCGAGCGAGGAGGAGGAGGAGGCGGCGGCAGGGGAACAAGGAAGGAAAGACGGACCGGACCGGGAUCGCCCGGGCGGCAGCAGCAGCAGCCGGAGCCCGGGGGGACCCUGCCCUCUCGCCUCCCUGCAACGGUCUCUGAAAGGUAGCAGGAAAGAGUUCUGGGAGCACAACAAGGAACAUGGCAACCCAAGCUGACUUGAUGGAGUUGGAUAUGGCAAUGGAGCCAGAUAGAAAAGCAGCAGUCAGUCACUGGCAGCAACAAUCAUAUCUGGACUCUGGUAUCCAUUCUGGUGCCACAACAACUGCUCCUUCCUUGAGUGGCAAGGGAAAUCCUGAAGAGGAGGAUGUGGACACGACACAAGUCCUGUACGAGUGGGAGCAGGGAUUCUCUCAGUCCUUUACCCAGGAGCAAGUUGCUGAUAUUGAUGGCCAGUAUGCAAUGACUAGAGCUCAGAGAGUGCGUGCAGCUAUGUUCCCUGAAACACUGGAUGAAGGAAUGCAAAUCCCAUCCACGCAAUUUGAUGCUGCUCAUCCAACUAAUGUGCAACGCCUGGCUGAGCCAUCCCAGAUGUUAAAACAUGCUGUUGUUAAUUUGAUAAACUACCAAGAUGAUGCUGAACUUGCAACUCGUGCAAUCCCAGAACUGACCAAACUGUUGAAUGAUGAGGACCAGGUGGUGGUGAACAAGGCUGCAGUUAUGGUUCAUCAGUUAUCCAAAAAGGAAGCGUCUCGCCAUGCUAUCAUGAGAUCUCCUCAAAUGGUGUCUGCUAUUGUACGUACCAUGCAAAAUACAAACGAUGUGGAAACAGCCCGUUGUACUGCAGGUACACUACACAAUCUCUCACAUCACCGUGAAGGCUUGUUGGCAAUCUUCAAAUCAGGAGGCAUCCCUGCUUUGGUUAAAAUGCUUGGGUCCCCAGUGGACUCUGUGCUGUUCUAUGCCAUUACAACUCUUCACAAUCUCCUGUUGCAUCAAGAAGGAGCCAAAAUGGCUGUCCGUCUAGCUGGUGGGCUGCAGAAAAUGGUUGCCUUGCUCAACAAGACAAAUGUCAAAUUCUUGGCCAUCACAACGGACUGCCUUCAGAUUUUAGCGUAUGGCAAUCAAGAAAGCAAGCUGAUUAUUCUGGCAAGCGGUGGACCCCAGGCUCUAGUAAACAUAAUGAGGACCUAUACUUAUGAGAAACUAUUGUGGACCACAAGUAGAGUGCUGAAGGUGUUGUCAGUCUGCUCCAGCAACAAACCUGCUAUUGUUGAAGCUGGUGGGAUGCAAGCUUUGGGACUCCACCUCACAGAUCCAAGCCAGCGUCUUGUCCAGAACUGUCUCUGGACUCUGAGAAAUCUGUCAGAUGCUGCAACAAAGCAGGAGGGAAUGGAAGGCCUUCUAGGAACUCUUGUUCAGCUUUUAGGAUCAGAUGAUAUUAAUGUUGUGACUUGUGCUGCUGGCAUUCUUUCUAACCUUACCUGCAACAAUUACAAGAACAAGAUGAUGGUGUGCCAGGUUGGUGGCAUUGAGGCUCUUGUGCGCACAGUUCUUAGGGCUGGAGACAGGGAAGACAUCACAGAACCUGCUAUUUGUGCGCUCCGUCACCUCACCAGCAGACAUCAAGAAGCUGAGAUGGCUCAAAAUGCAGUACGUCUCCAUUAUGGGCUCCCAGUGGUGGUUAAACUGUUGCACCCACCAUCACACUGGCCUUUGAUCAAGGCUACUGUGGGUUUGAUCCGCAAUCUUGCUCUCUGUCCUGCAAACCACGCCCCGCUGCGUGAACAAGGUGCUAUUCCAAGGCUAGUUCAGUUGCUGGUUAGAGCACAUCAAGAUACCCAGCGACGUACUUCUAUGGGUGGAACGCAACAGCAGUUUGUGGAGGGUGUGCGUAUGGAAGAAAUUGUUGAGGGCUGCACUGGAGCCCUGCAUAUUCUUGCACGUGAUGUUCAUAAUCGAAUUGUAAUCAGGGGUCUAAAUACCAUUCCACUAUUUGUGCAGUUGUUGUACUCUCCCAUUGAGAACAUCCAGAGAGUAGCUGCAGGUGUACUUUGUGAACUGGCUCAAGACAAGGAAGCAGCUGAAGCAAUUGAAGCUGAAGGUGCAACUGCCCCUUUAACAGAACUGCUUCAUUCUAGGAAUGAGGGUGUUGCAACAUACGCAGCUGCAGUGCUGUUCAGAAUGUCUGAGGACAAACCACAAGACUAUAAGAAGCGACUUUCAGUUGAAUUGACAAGCUCUCUGUUCCGGACUGAGCCAAUGGCUUGGAACGAGACAGCAGAUCUUGGACUUGAUAUUGGUGCCCAGGGAGAACCUCUUGGAUACCGCCCAGAUGAUCCUAGCUACCGUUCUUUCCACUCUGGCGGAUACGGUCAGGAUGCCUUGGGUAUGGACCCUAUGAUGGAACAUGAAAUGGGUGGCCACCACCCUGGUGCUGACUACCCAGUUGAUGGUCUGCCAGAUCUUGGCCAUGCCCAGGACCUUAUGGAUGGGCUGCCUCCAGGUGACAGUAAUCAGUUGGCCUGGUUCGAUACUGACCUGUAAAUCAUCCUUUAGGUAAGAAGCUCCAACCUUGAAUUUAAAAACAAAACAAAAAGAGAAAAAACAGAUGACUGGACUGAGGACUUGGUUGGCAGGGAGGGAUUGGCUGAGUUGGGUCCCGGUGUGCCAGAACAGUGAAUAAACGCUCUGGAAACACAUGAUCAGUACGCUCCAAACUGACUUCUGCCGUGAAGUGUGGAAGUAAUUAACUGUAAUGUCUUGUGCACUGGCUUCAUGCAGUCUUAAUCUGUGAAAACAGCCCUUUACUCAGGAACGCUGACACCUGUUUUGUUUUUUUUUUCUCUUUGCAGCUGUAUCAUCUGAAUGAACUUGCGUUGAUUGGCCUGUAGAGUUGCUGAGAGGGCUCGAGGGGUGGGCUAGUAUCUCAGAAAGUGCCUGACACACUAACCAAGCUGAGUUUCCUAUGGGAACAAUUGAAGUAAACUUUUUGUUCUGGUCCUUUUUGGUCGAGGAGUAAUAAUACAAAUGGAUUUUGGGAGUGAUUCAAGAAACGAAGAAUGCACAAGAAUGAAUUGCAAGAUGGAAUUUAUCAAACCCUAGCCUUGCUUGUUAAAAAUUUAUUAUUUUUUUUAAAUCUCUGUAAUGGUACUGACCUUGCUUGCUUUGGAAGUAGCCUUUCUUUUUGCAGUAAUUGUUGUUAGGUUUUUUUUUUUUAAAGUCUCUCGUUAUAGUUAUAGUGAAUAUGCUACAGCAGUUUCUAAUUUUUAAGGAUUGAGUAAAGGUGUAGAACACUAAUUCAUAAUCGCUCUAACUGUAUUCUGAAUAAAGUGUAACAUUGUGUAGCCUUUUUGUAUAAAAAAACUAGACAAAUAGAAAUGGUCCAAUUAGUUUCCUUUUUAAUAUGCUUAAAAUAAGCAGGUGGAUCUAUUUCAUGUUUUUGAUCAAAAACUUUAUCUGGGAUAUGUCUGGGUAGGGGCCAGUAAGAACUGUUUAUUUGGAACCUUGUAUUGGACAGUUUACCAGUUGCCUUUUAUCCCAAAGUUAUUGUAGCCUGCUGUGAUACAGAUGCUUCAUGAGAAAAAUGCAGUUAUAAAAUGGUUCAAAAUUAAAGUAAACUUUUAAUUCA